UGCCCUCCUCCCCUUCUCUUCACACUGGACACCUCUCUCUCUCUCUCGAUCUCUCAUCUCUCUCUCUCUCUCUCUCUCUCUCUCUACAUGUGAGAAACGAAGGAUCAGUUCACACCCAAGCCAUGGCAGAGAAGAUCUCCAUGAUAAUCGUCGUGGUUGACCUUGAUUGCCACAAGUGCUACAACAAGAUCCGCAAGAUUCUAUGCCAGCUCCAAGACUGCGAGAGGAUCCGGACGAUCUCCUUCGACGACAAGAGCAAGACGAUCACCAUCGUGGGGCCGUUCGACCCGCACAGGCUCGCCUGCAAGCUCCGGUGCAAGGGCGGCAAGGUGAUCAGGGACAUCCACAUCGUGGACAGCGGCGGCGGGAAGCCGCCGCCGCAGAAGAUGGCGGAGGCGUCGCCACCGUCGCCGGCGCCGGCGAAGAACGGCAAGCCGCCGAAGCACAAGGAGAAGCCCCCCGCUGCUGAGCCGCCGCCGCCGCCGACGCCGCCGCCUGAGCCUGCGCCGGCGCCGCCGCCCGAUAUGCCACCCCCGUCCCCGGCGCACCAGGCUCCGCCUGACCGGGAGAUGUCAGCGAUGGUGCCGGCCUUCGUCGAGGAGAAGCAGCCGAGAGCGAAGCCGGCGGAGCUCGAGCCGCCGCCGAUGUCGCCGCCGCGGAAGGAGAGGCCGAUGGACUUCCCGUCGCCGAUGCCGGCGUCUCUGCCGCCGCCGAGUCAGCCCUGUAGGCCGCUGGAGCAGGCUCCGGUGGAGUACGUGAUACCGACGAUGGAGAUCCCGUCGUGGCCGGCCCCGCCGGCGGGGCCGUGCGGGUGCCCGUGCUGCGCGCCGUGCUACCAGGGCUACUACGAGGGGUGCAGGUGCUGCUGCUGCGGCAGGAUGUACGCGCAGCCGCUGCCGGCGCCGGCCGGGUGCGGGUACAGGGGCUGCCGGACCUUCAGCGACGAGGACCCCACGGCGGCGUGCAGCAUCAUGUGAUGGUUUUCAGUGGGGUCUUCUUAGUAGCAACAAGUUCUGCACAGUGGCCAAAUGUCUAUCUAACGGAGUUUUUCAGUGUUUUUGCGUGGAUUCAAAUUGGGUUUUCAGUGUUCUUUGCACAGAUUGGUGGAUUAAUAUGAAAUGGGCAUGUUUAACUGAU